UCAGGUCACCCCUGCAACCCGCGCAGCGUUGGGGGUGGGGGCUUUGUGGGACACCCCGCCGCUCCCUUUUCCCACGGGGUUGGGUUAUGUGUCGUUACGCUGUGCUGCUCGCUGCCCCCUCACUGCCCCCCAGCAUGGGGUCACCGGGCCAAAUCUGCAACGCUGUGGGCAUCCCCUGCCCCACAGCCCAACAGCCCACGCACCCGCCCCACUGUCGCCGCGUCCUGACCCCAUCCGCAGCUCAACCCGAGGCCCGGACACACGAAUCAAUGAAUUCCCCGAACGGGGAGGUCCGGGGGAGGGGAGAAUCCCGGCACAGGAAAAAGCUCUGAACUGGGCGAGCCGUGGGCAGAGCGGUCCGGGCCGCCCCACAGCGCGGCCCUGCGCGCAACCCCAUCUCCUGGCACGCAGCUCCGCCGCCCACCCUCGGCCCCUCUGCCCCAUGUUCCGUUCUCGCCGUGCCGCGCUGCUGAGGCGGCUGUGGCGGCAGCGCUGCCCGACCCCCGGCCCCGAGGAGGGUCCCGGUGCCCUGAAACCCGCGGCGCACGCCCUGUUCAAGAAGCUGAAGGACGAGGAACUGGAGCUGCUGCUGCAGGCGGUGGAGAGCCGCGGUGCUUGGGAGUCCGGCUGCGUCUGGGUGCCGCGGGGGGCCAAGCAGGCGCUGCCCCCCCAGGUGCUGCUGUGCCGCCUGUUCCGCUGGCCCGACCUGCGGCAGCCCCAUGAGCUCAAGCAUCUCUGCUACUGCCAGAGCGCGGGGGGUCGGGGGGGCUGCGGGGAUGCGGCCGCGCUCUGCUGCAACCCCCAUCACUUCAGCCGUCUGGCUGCGCCCGAGACCCCUCCACCCCCCUACUCGAAGUCCAUCAGCCCCUCCUGGCCAGCUGAGCCCAAGCCUCCCCAACUCCUGGAAUUCAGCUGCAACCACGCGGAAUGGCGCGCAGACACCAGCCUCUCUCGGAGCUCCGCACGGGACGGCUGCUGGUGCAAACUGGCAUACUGGGAACACCGGACACGCGUGGGUCGCCUCUACGCCGUGCACGAAGCGUCGGUGAACGUCUUCAGCGAGCUGCCACGGGGCAGUGGGUUCUGCCUGGGCCAACUGCCUGCCGCGCACCGCAGCCGCGCCGUGCGCCGCGCACGGGGGAAGAUUGGGAGAGGGCUGCUGCUGAGCCGGGAGCUGAGCGCCGUCUGGGCGUACAACCGAAGCGAGCAUCCCAUCUUUGUCAGCUCACCCACCCUGGGUCCACCCGGAGCCCACGGGCUCGCCGUGCUCAAAGUGCUGCCAGGGUAUUCGGUGAAGGUGUUCGACUAUGAGAGAGCUGGAGGGAUUGGGGCGGGGGGGUGGCAGAAUGGAGAUGGGCCCUGUGACCCCCAUAGCGUCCGUAUCAGCUUUGGGAAGGGUUGGGGGCCGUGUUACUCGAGGCAGUUCAUCACCUCCUGUCCGUGCUGGCUGGAGGUGCUGCUGGCACAGCCCCGCUGAGCGGCCACGGGGGGUGGCACGACCCCCCUCUAUGUGCUGGGUGCACUCUGAUGGGGCCCACGGGACCCCCAGGGCAGCACCCACCUCCCCAAACCCCGGGCGUGGGGCUGGGGCAGGGCGUUAUUUAAUCUCUCCUUGGUUAUUAUGAUUAUGUUGUAUUUUUAAUUUAUGUUAUUUGCGUAAAAGGGUGAAAAGGAGGAAGUUGAGGAGGGUGGGCGUGCAGGGAAUAUGCGGAUCUAUGGGGAGGCAGCUCCUGAGCACGGGGGGCAGGAUGAGCACAGCUGGAAUGAGGGGGGUGAGCACAGAUGGAAUAGGGCUGAGCAGAGCAGGAAUUAGAGGUGAGCACAGCUGGAAUGAAGGGUGGGGAGAGCUGGAAUGGGGAAACAUGGAAUGGGGUGAGCACAGCUGGAAUGAGGGGGUGAGCACAGCUGGAAUGAGGUGGGCACAACUGGAAUGGAGAAUUGAUGGAAUGAGGUACGAGAACAGCUGGAAUGGGAGGCGAGAACAGCUGGAAUGAGGGGUGAGCACAGCUGGAAUGGGGAAUUGAUGGAAUGAGGGUGGACAUGGACACAGCUGGAAUGAGGGGGUGAGCACAGCUGGAAUGAGGUGAGCACAACUGGAAUGAGGGGGUGAGCACAGCUGGAACGGAGAAUUGAUGGAAUGAGGGGUGAGAACAGCUGAGGAAUGGAGGUAAUCACAGCUGGAAUGGGGAGGUGAUGGAAUGAGGUGUGAGAACAGCUGGAACGAGGGGGGUGAAAACAGCUGGAAUGAGGGGUGAGCACAACUGGAAUGGGGAAUUGAUGGAAUGAGGGGGAGAACAGCUGGAAUGAGGGGGUGAAAACAGCUGGAAGGGGGAAUUGAUGGAAUGAGGGAUGAGCACAGCUGGAGUAGGGGGCAGAAAAGCACAACCGAGGCAGUGCAGGUGAGCAGAGCUGGAGUGUGGGAAGUGAGCACAGCUGGAGUGAGCGUGGGGCAGGUGAGCACAGCUGGAAUGCGGGUGUGGGGGGUUGAGCACAGCUGGAAUACGGGCAGAAAAGCACAUCCGAGGCGGUGCAGGUGAGCACAGCUGGAAUGCGGGGUGUGAGCACAGCUGGAAUCCAAGCAGGUGAGCACAGCGGGACCGUAGAAAGAUGAGCACAUCUGGAGCAGCUCUCCUCCCCCCCCCCCCCCCCCCCCCCCCCCCCCCCCCCUCUCCUCCAUCCCUCCGCACCCGAUCUGCAUCCGUUAUUUAUAACUCCAAUAAACGGUGUCACCGGCAACCAAAA